UAUAUAUAUAUUAAUGGAUAAAUACAUGAAGAUUGAAGUAGACCGAGCAAAGCUGCCAUUGAGUUGUUUUAAACAGCCAAGCCACGAACUCUCAGAGACUCUCUGAUCAAAAAGGAAUGGCAAAGAGCUACUUCAAGCAAGAGCAUGAUCUUGAUAAGAGACGUGCUGAGGCUGCCAGGAUUAGGGAGAAGUACCCUGAUAGAAUUCCGGUGAUUGUGGAGAAGGCAGAGAGAAGUGAUAUUCCAAAUAUUGAUAAGAAAAAGUACCUUGUUCCAGCUGACCUAACUGUGGGGCAAUUUGUUUAUGUGAUCCGCAAAAGGAUUAAACUAAGUGCAGAAAAGGCAAUCUUUAUAUUCGUGGAUAAUGUGCUUCCACCUACAGGCGCAAUCAUGGCUGCCAUAUAUGACGAGAAGAAGGAUGAGGAUGGAUUUCUUUAUGUCACUUACAGUGGAGAGAACACGUUUGGUUACCAGAUCACUCUUUAGCUGCUUGAUUAUCCGAUACUGCAGUAUUUCUUUUAAGUGCCAAUUAAUUGUCUCCACCUUCAUUACCUUGUGCUGGUGUUUCUCUUAUUCUGCUCUGCGUUCCAUCUAAACACCUUGCUGGUGAUUUUGUGUACAGUUAUAUAUUGUAUAUAAACGCUAGGUACUCCAUUGCAAAAGUUUUUGUGCUUGCAUUCAA